AUGCCUACCAAAGCUAAUGUCACAACAUCAGCAAACAAAGGCUCCAGCAAGGGCUCCAGCAAGAUAUCCAGCAAGGCCCAUUCCAAGAUGCCUUCCAAGGUGUCUACAAAGAUCUCCACCAAGGUAUCUUCUAGCUCAAAGAUUCUUCUGCAGAAGAAGCAGCAACAGGAGAGCGAAGAAGACAGCGAAGAGGAGAGCGAAGACGCCCCCAUGGAAGUGGAGGAGCAGAACCAAGAGCAACAAGAUGUUGAAAUGAACGAGAACGAGGAGCAAGUGCAAGACAAAUCAGCAGAGGAAAAUGAAGAAUGCAGAGAGGAAGAACAUGCUGCAGAGCAACGAGAAGAUGCCACAGAUGGGGAGGAGGAUGAUGAUGAUGAUGAUGAGAAAGAAGAGGAGGAGGAGGAGAAGGAGGAGGAGGAGGAGGAGGAGGAGGAGGAGGAGGAGCAAGAACAGGAGAAUGAAGAGAAAGGCGCUACGACGUCGGCAGCGAAAGGCAAGACCAAAAAGGCAAAGUCAUCAAAGAAAGCAGCAGGGGAACAACGCUCUCUGCAGACCCAGCAGAUUCUUGAUGAUCUGCUGGUGGCGGAGCUUGGUUAUGGUCUUCUUCAUGUCGGAGGGACCAAGAACGACUUGGGCAAUGGUCCAGAGAUGAUCCGUCAGGUUUACAACUGCCGACCGAUCAAUAGCUCCAUCAUAAAGAAGAUCGACGCCAACCAGAUAGCUUCAGGACUGCUAAACUGCCACGCGUCCAAUGCAAUUUUCAUCGGAGUGAAGAAGGAGCAUGUCAGAGGCAACCUGGAGCCCCUGAAAUCUGGGCAAUACUCGAAUGUCAUUACUUGGUCGAGUGCGGCCAGAAAGCCGGGCGCCAAGAUGGUCUUAUACAACGGGUCGCACAGAUGUCAUUUCAUGGGCGAGCACUACGCACAAGAAUUUUACAACUACAACCAGGGCAUACAGGAGGCAGACAACGCUCGCAACACCCACGACAGCUCCAUUGGAGAGAGAAAGGUGGCAGACGCCAAAGCCAUCUUGGAGCCAAAGGCCAUCUGGCUCGCUCGCUUUUUUGACAUGGAUGCUAUCGAGGAGUCUCCAAACAAACUUCUCAUGCUUCAUGAGCUCACGGGCAAU